AGAAGGGAGCCGUGACUACCAGGAACAGUCUGCCUGUUGCAUUGUGUUUCCCACCCUGCUGCCUCCCCACCUCUUCCCUUGCAAAAGGGACAGGAGAAACGACAUCUUAGUUGUGGAGAUACCUAACCAAAAACAUCUCUCGUCUGUUGGUGCGUCAGAUCUGGUUGUUUUCUUACAGCCUUUGACCCUAUCAUGGCCUCCAGUCUAAAUGCCAUCUUCCUUCUUCUCUGGCUCCUUCAGCGUGGAGGACGGCAGGUUGCAGGACAGAAAGUCUCUGUAAAACAAACCCCCCUGAUCCAGGUUGCUUUUGCCAAUGAAGAAGUAUCUGUGAACUGCCUGGUCAGCUACCCCUACAUGAAGGAAUACACCACCUUCACGAUCCAUUAUUACUGGGUAAACUCACAAGGCAAGACCACCACAAUCAAAAAUUCUUUAGUAUCUAAAGCAAUCCCUCCUGGACGGACGAACCAGACAACAGAGAAGGAUUACCCACAUACAAUUGGGCCACCAGGAAACCCCUCUGCUACUGGCACCUACUACUGUGAGGCCAAGUGGACAAACAUAACGAUAACAGGAAAAGGGGUAUUCGUCCUUUUUAGAGACACAGGGUACAGAGAGCCCUCCCCCAGCACGUGGAAGUUUCUCAUCGCUCUUACCACUAUCCUCACCAUAUUGAGCAUCACUGAAACAGCUCUGCUGCUGUGGAAGAGAAAGAUCUGUCAUUUAGUGUCUUGGCCUAAGUUGGUGGUGUGUCAUGGGAGAUGCCCAGAUGUCCUCCAGAGAUGCCCAGACCUGAGCACAGGAGCCCAAGCCCCUUCAGGAAGCUCAGAACCAUCUGGCUCCAUCUACACUUGCCUAGAAUCCCACCAAGCUGAGGUCUAUUCUGUCCUUGAGAAUAACACGAACAGCUUGUCGCUUGAGACGAAUCCCACUGCUACGCUUCAAGACAUGAUCAUCUCACAGCCAGACAGGGUUGAAGGUAGAAAUGAAGACUAUGGGAAAACAGGGAAGAAGAAAAAGAAGAAGAAAGAAAUGAAAUCUCAGCAAGAAACUCUGGAAGAACCCUUUGAUACCCUGUAUGAGAAUAUCUAAGGGAGAAGACUGAUCGUGCUUGGACUAUACAUCUCUGAGUAUGAGGGAACUGCCCCUCACAGCACCCUUUAGUAUCCAUCUGAAUGCUCCAGAGACUCAUGGCACACUGAUGGCAGAGCCCCACCCUCGUCUCUUUCUAAUCUGUUCUUUAUGGACCUCAGAAUUCCUCUGUUCUGAUCUCAGGGUGGCCCAGGCUGCAUGGGUGCUCCUGCAAAGAAUAUUGCUUUCAGUUAUUUAUAAGUCUGACUUUUAGAGAUGGUUUUAGUCAAGAUCUGUGCAAGUUUCCCUCAUGCAGCUAUGCCGAUGCAUUUGAGUCUUGAUCUAUAGCACUUGUUGUACAAUACAGGGACCCCGCUACUUUUUUUGACAGUGCACCUCAAUCCUGACCUGCAGCCCAUGCUAUCCCACUCCUAGCUCUCUCCUGUCAUGCCAAUAUAAACUUGAUAUAUGUCUAUUGAGGACCUGAUUGGGAGCCAAGGCCCCCGUCACCGCGUUCCCUUUCUCAACAACUUCAAACUGAAACGUGCUGAUGCGUAAAGCAAAGAGACCUGCUAGCCCUGUACUGUAACUGCAGAUGUACAGUACAGCCCUGUGCUGCUCCAAAACAGUCUGUCGGAUUCAGCUCUGCAGGGUGAAUAUUUUCCUUUGAAUGCAACCAGCGGAAUCUGGUGCGGCGGAGCAGCAAGAAAAGAGAUGCAGAAAAUGAAGCAGGAGUCUUCCCUGCCUGUGGCCAUGUCUCAUUGGUGAUGUUCCUCCCGAGAUAAAUUAUUUGGAGACAGGGCUUGCAAGAGCGGCUGCCCUGCUGGUGUCUGUCCUGUUUAUAACCCUGUCCUAGGCUGAUGUCCCUUCCAGGAAGGGUGUUUAGAGGGAGAGUUAACAUUCUUCUUUUUAAUAGGUAUUGUUACAUAGUGUGAUUGGUUUUUUAAGCCCUGGCAUGGGCAGAUGUAAUAUCUUGGGGAUAAAUCUUCACCCCAUUGAAGUCAGUAGGAGUUUUGCCAUUUAUUUCAGUGGGGCCAGGAUGUCACUCCUGGGGUUUAGGAUGGUAUUUUAAAAAAUGCAACUAGACCAGCUUAUCAGACGCACAAUAUAUGGAGUAGAGGCCCUGCGUGUGAAUUUUCCACCCAAGCUCUUAUCCUUGCCAUCACAUGGAUCUAGCCCAGAGGUGGCCAACCUGAGCUUGAGAAGGAGCCAGAAUUUACCAAUGUACAUUGCCAAAGAGCCACAGUAAUAUGUCAUCAGCCUCCUAUCAGCUCCCUGCCCUCCAGCCCCCAGUGCCUCCCCCUACCCCCCCAUGCCUCCCGCCUGCCGUGAUUAGCUGUUUUCCAUGCUCAGCAGGCUCUUGAGGGGAGGGGGGAGGGCACAGCACAUUUGGGGGAAAGGGAGUGGGGGCAGUGCCUGGGGCAGAGCAGGGGGUUGAGCAGUGAGCAGUGAGCACUCCCUGGCACACUGGAAAGUUGUUGUCUGUAGCUUCACCAACGGAGUCGGUGCCUAUACAAGGAACCGCAUGUAGCUCUGGAGCCACAGGUUGGCCACCCCUGAUCUAGCCUAUCAGCUGAACUUACGCUCAUUGUAGUUCUGAUGGGAAAGGAGUGACAUUAACUAUAUUGUAUAACUUGAUCAAAACAGUGGAUCAAACUGCUGAAGAUGUUGUACCUCAGCUUUUCUAAAAACAAAACGAGAAUCUGUAGAAUAAGCUGAAAGGAAUCAUACAAAUCUCUUUAAAGAGGAAAAUCAAAUUAAAACUGAUCUGAAGGUCAUAGAAUCCUCUCCAGUUGUAGAUAAUGCUGCUAUACAUCAAAGAUGGGAGGCUAUGGAAAAUGUUUUCAGGAUCUCCAGGCUUCCUAUAUUAUGUUUUAAGAGAUAAUGUUCUUAUUGCUUUGCUCAUUUAUUAGAAGAAAUUUCAAAUGUGGAAUCUGUACUUUCUUUAAUGAUAAAUACUUUUCUCUUACCAAUGUCUAGAAAUUCAUUGACGCAAGGACCCAGUGAAACUGUUUUUCCAUUUGUAAAUGCUUGUGAUCAUUUUGAGACAGAAUUUUAAAACAAAUGUUUUUGGGGUCACCAGGUUUUAAUGUUUCCUGAGUUGACAUGGGAAACAUGAGUUAGAAAAAAAAGAUUCAGACUUAAAAAAUUUGCAAAAUUGGUGCAAUUACAGUAAAAAAAAAAAUUCCUUGCCAAAUUUUGAGUAAUGUUGGUGAUAAAUGAUAUAUUUUAAUUGAUUACAAUGUGGCAAGAAAAUCUUUAGAACAAGCUGAUAGAUUAGAUGGGGUUAAAAUUUACCAAAAAUACCCACAUUUGUAAUUGUUUUAAAGAUGGCAUUUUAUAAGCACUAAAUGCUUUAUGUACAACUGGAAAUUUCUUGAAAAGACUCUGUAAUGCAGUGUUGAUAACUGCCCUCUGUUUGGUCAGUCUUGUUUGUCAUUUUCUUUUAUGCUUUUUCCCCUCUAAUUCACUGUAUUUACAUCUGACCAACUAUAUAUAUUAUAUAGUUGGGGUUAUCAAAAAUUAUAAAGUAAUUGAAAGAAAGGGCUGUAGGAUAGCGUAAUUCCCUCAUUCUGUAUUGUGGUGGGAAGAAGGUAGGCAACGGGUUGGAGGCACAAUGACAGAUUCUGGCUAGUUAAGAAAGACAAUCUGAACACCAGAGAAAAGAUGGAAGGUCUUGCAGUUUAAGCCUGAUCCAAAGCCCACUGAAGUCAAUCAGAGUCCUUCCUUUGAUGUCAUUGGGUUGGGGACUGGCCCAUUGAGAGUAGAGGAUUAUUCAGAAAAGGUGAGACCAUUAUGAAGAUGUGGAGCUGCAAGCCAGAAAUACCCCUUUAGCAUCACCCACUACCGAAAGAAUGAGACACCCCAUGGAAUCAGAGUGUGUCAGAGGGAAGGAUGGAUAAGGAGGAGAGUGUGUGGGGUAGGUAGUGUUUAAGACACAGACGUUUUCCAGGGAGACCUGUAAAGAAAGGUCUCCCACCAAGGGAAAGAAAGGUUAUUAAAGAGCAUUUAAAUAGCGUUGGUAUGAUGAAUGUGGUGCAGAGAAAAUCAGUAAUUACAUGGCUUUGUAUUUGUACCUAACUGUCUGGCCCAGGCAGUGAGUACAGGGGAUUAAUACUAUUUGUCUGUAUUCCACAGGAGGAAAUAAGUUAGUUUUUAGUAACUGUCAGACAGCUUAAACAAAUGAAAUAAAAAAACAGAGCCAUCA